AUGCGGAAUCUGCGAAACCUACGGCAUAGUGGCAUUGAGUUCAGCGACGAUGCCUCAAUAUCUGCCACGGCAUGGGACGGCACAUCGUUGCUCGUGGCUUUCGGACCAACGCAGCAAAGCCCAGCAAUCACCAUCAAGCGGCUAGCACAAGAUGCCUGGAAUCCUGAGCAAGCCACUUCGGUUGCAUCAUGGGACGCACCUUCACCAACUCCGGACUUGGAAGUCGACCGAAUCCUGAGCCUUCGUGUCCUUGCAGAUUCAGGAUCAAUAUGUCUCGUUCUCGAAGGCGGAGAUAUUGUCAUUGUGCGGGAGGAUCCCCAACCAGGAGAAGAAAUGAUCGAAAUCGUUGGCUCGGUGGAUGCUGGAAUCGCUGCUGCUGCGUGGAGUCCGGACGAGGAGCUGCUCAUUAUCGCCACCAAAGCAGAAACUUUGUUGUUUAUGACGAGAGACUUCGAAGGGACUGCCACUGUCACAUUAUCAUCGGAGGAUGUCAAAGUCUCAAGUCAUGUCUCUGUUGGAUGGGGAAAGAAGGAAACGCAGUUCAAAGGACGAGGCGCGAAGGCUUUGAGGGAUCCCACCGUUCCUGAGCACAUCGAUGAGGGCAAAUUGAGCAGCUUUGAUGACUUGCAAACGACGAUCAGCUGGAGAGGUGAUGGUCAAUUCGUUGCGGCCAACAGUCUUCUUGGUGGUGAGCCAAAGCGAAGAAUCAUUCGAGUCUACUCGCGAGAGGGCAUUCUCGAAAGCGUCAGUGAGCCAGUCGAUGGCCUUGAAGCCGCGCUGAGCUGGAAGCCUAGUGGUCAGAUGAUUGCCGGAGUUCAACGGUUCGACGAACGAGCCGACGUUGUCUUCUUUGAGAGGAAUGGCUUGAGACAUGGCGAAUUUGGUCUGCGCCUGACCGCAGACGAGCUCGCAACAUGUGCUUCAGACAUCGAUCUCAGCUGGAACAACGACUCUUCUGUGCUGGCCGUGGCCAUGAAAGACCGGCUAUCAUGUUCUUCAACUCGAAGUCUACGUCAACUUGACUACACCUUCGAAGUGUCACGAGGGUCUGUCAACACUCCCGAUGAUCACGGAGUGGUGGCUGUGAUCGAUGGCAAGACUCUCAAGAUCACUCCGCUGCGUACUGCGAAUGUACCGCCACCGAUGGCAUUCGAUGAAGUGGAGCUCAAACACAGCGCUAUUGAUGUUGCAGUCUCGCGGGAUGGAACUCAGAUCGCCGUAUUACACGACAGCUGUAUCUCCGUGUGGAAGUGCAACUAUGGAUCAAAACCAGCGAGUCGCGCGACGCAUGAAAUUGAUCUUACGCUCGGUUCGGACGAGAGCCUGAAAGAUUGGCUUCCACGUCAGAUUCUGUUUGAUAUGAACGGCGAUCCCCGAGUGUUGCUUUCCCAAGUCAACGGAGAUGUCACAAGACUCCUGCGGCGGGAGAAUGGGUCUGCAUCUGCAGAAACCCUUCUGCUCAACGUGUCCUCCAUUGCCAUAUCCAGAACCCCUCACAAGAUUAUAUACAUCGAUGGUAAGGGAGCCGUCUCUCAGCUUGACGGCGACUCCGUCCAUGCAUCAGCUGGCAAGCUUCCCGCCGCAUGCACCUCGAUCGAUGCGUGGCAGGAAGACGACAUCAACAUCCUCUUCGGACUUACCAGGAGCGGAAUCCUCUACGUGCAAAGCGCGCAGCAGAGCCUUAAGAUUUCAUCUUGCACAUCCUUCAUUGUCACCGCCACGCAUCUCAUCUAUACUACCAGCUCACAUCUUCUGAAAUUCAUCCAUCUACAUAUCGGAGAACUGGAUAUUCCGCCGGACGAACCAGAAAAAGACGAGCGAUGCCGUAAUAUCGAGCGCGGCGCAAAGCUGGUGACAGUUAUGCCAAGCGCCUACUCGCUUGUUCUACAAAUGCCUCGAGGUAACCUUGAGACGAUCUAUCCAAGAGCGCUUGUACUGGCUGGUAUCCGGGGUGCGAUCGGGCAGAGGGAUUACAAGAAGGCUUUCCGGAUAUGUCGAACGCAGAGAGUUGACAUGAACAUUCUGCAUGACUAUGCUCCAGCACAGUUCAUGCAAGAUGUGAGCUUGGUGGUGAAGCAACUCAAGAAGCCGGAAUACAUUGACUUGGUGCUGAGCUCCUUGUCUGAAGAGGAUGUUUCCCAGACGAUCUAUCAGGACACAAUCAAGGCUAAGGGCGAGCCCACGAAUGGUGUUACGAACGGAGACGUGCCACAUCUGACAGCGCCGAGCUCGUCAAAGGUCAAUCAGAUAUGCGACGCCUUCCUUCAUACACUGGCAGGCCAAGAAGCGACAUAUCUGCAGAGCAUAGUCACAGCGCAUGUCUGCAAGAACCCGCCGGAUCUCAUCGCUGGCCUCUACUUGAUUUCCGACCUACGAAAGAGGAAAGAACAAGACCAGCUCGAACAAGCCAUCGAUCACAUUUGCUUCCUCGCCGACGUGAACAGACUCUACGACACAGCGCUUGGACUCUACGAUCUCGACGUAGCACUCCUCGUUGCACAACAAUCACAAAAAGACCCUCGCGAAUACCUCCCCUACUUGCAAAAACUACACGACAUGCAACCCCUCCGCCAACGCUUCUCAAUCGACAACGACCUCAAACGCCACUCCAAAGCUCUCACCCACCUCCACGCAAUGAACGAAUUCGACGAACUCAAAUCCUACACAACCAAACACGACCUCUACAGCGCCGCCGUCGAGCUCUACCGCUACGACAAUACCCGUCUGGCUGAACUCAUGCGUCUCCACGCGGACUUCCUCACCAGCAGAAACCGCUACAAAGAAGCUGGUAUCGCAUACGAAUUCAUCAACGACCACACAUCCGCUCACGAGGCCUAUCGCGCGGCGGGCAUGUGGCGCGAAUGUCUCGCCAGCGCAAUGCUCGCCUCUGUAUCUGACGAAGCACUCGACACGCUGGCAAGAGAUCUCGCAGACAGCCUAGAAGAGAGCAAAGACUUCGUCUCCGCAGCCACAAUCUACCUCGACCACCUCAACGACCUCGAAAACACAAUCCGCAUGCUCUGUCGCGCCUACCACUUCGCCUCCGCCAUCCGUCUCCUCGCCCUCCACAAACGCCCCGAACUCCUCAAAUCCCUCAUCGACUCCGGCCUCAUCGAAGCCUCCGCCACCAUGACCGAAAUGCUCGCAGAAAUGAAGUCCCAACUCCAAGCCCAACUCCCUCGUCUGCGCGAUCUCCGCGUCAAGAAAGCGGAAGAUCCGAUGGCGUUUCUCGACGGCGGAGGCGAUGGCGGCGACAAGGAUAUUCCCGACAACAUCUCCCUCGCUCCGACGGACGCUUCGACUUCUGGUGGGACCUUCAUGACGCGGUAUACGAAUAACUCGAUGGGCACCCUGGCUACGAAUGCUACGCGCAAGACAUCGAAGAAUCGGAGGAGAGAGGAGAGGAAGAGGGCGAGAGGGAAGAAGGGGACGGUUUAUGAGGAGGAGUAUCUGGUGAAUUCGAUUGGGAGGUUGAUGGAGAGGUGGAAUGAGAGUGUGGAGGAUGUGGAGAGGUUGGUGGAGGGGUUGAUGAGGAGGGGGAUGAGGGAGCGGGCGGGAGCGGUGGAGGGGGUGAUGAAGGAUGUUGGGGAGGUUUGUCGGGGAUGUAUGGAGGAGGUGUUUGGGACGCCUGGGAGUGGAGUGGUGAUGAGACAGGAUGGGGAGGGGAUGCUGGCGAAACCGGCUGGUGGGGAGGGAGUGUUGUUCGAGGCGUUGAGUGCUGCAGGAGGGAAGCAGGAGGCGCCGUUGUUGAAGGCGUUUGCUGGAUUGAGUUUGCUGAUGAAGUAG